GCCCCGCGCCGGCGCACCAACACACCCGGCCAUCUUCUCCCCCUUCCCUCCCAAUUCAAGGCGGCCCGGAAGCUCCUGCAGCCUUCCGGAAGGGCUUCGAGGCCGAGGCGGGCACGGGAUGUGGGGGCGGCACUACUGGGGCGGCGGCCGGCGCCCAAGCUGGGCGCCCGGAGGGAACGGAGCCGGCACCGGCGGCGUGGUGGUGAUGUUCGCGUGGCUGUCCAGCCAGGAGCGGCACGUGCGGGCGUACGUGGAGCUGUACGCGGCGCACGGGUGGGCGUGCCUCGUCUGCCACUCCGACUUCCUCACCCUGUUUUUCCCUGAGAAGGCUGCCAUGCUCGCCGACAGGGUGAUUGGGGAGCUUGUCAAGGUGCUGAAGAUUACACCUGUACCUGUUGUGUUUGCGUCGUUUUCGGGAGGGCCAAAAGGGUGCACAUACAAGGUUCUUCAGCUGAUCGAGAGAAGAUGUGAAGGGCAACUAAGCAUGGAUGAGUACCAGCUCGUACGAGAUUGUCUAUGCGGACAAAUGUAUGAUUCAAGCCCUGUGGAUUUUGUCAGUGACUUGGGCACUCGCUUCCUCCUCGAUCCAAGUGUCCUGAAGAUGUCUGAACCUCCUCGUGUCUUGUCAUGGAUGACUAAGGGCAUUGCCUCAGGUCUUGAUGUUCUUUUCAUAAACAAAUUUGAAGAACAACGUAAAGAUUAUUGGGAAACACUAUACUCAUCGGUGCAUUUUGGUCCAAUACUAAUACUCUGCUCAGAGGAUGAUCAACUUGCUACAUAUUCAGUUGUUCAAAAUUUUGGCCAGCAUCUGCUAGAGCUUGGUGGUGAUGUGAGCCUAAUUAAAUGGCAUAGUUCUCCGCAUGUCGGCCACUACAAGCAUCAUCCUGAGGAAUACAGAGCUGCUGUGACGGAGCUCCUAAAGAAAGCCUCGACGCUCUACGCGAGCAGACGACAACUCAACGGACACGCCGUGGGCACAAGCGAGCACACCGACGCGCCCGCGCCUGCAUCCACCUCCAAGUCCAACCCACACAGAGAUGCCGCGAGCUCUGUCGGUCGUAGCAGGCUGAUUCAAGCACCGGCCGAUCCAGCCGGCCAGUUUCCUUCCAUACCGAGCUCCAUGGAGUGUCACGAGAGCAGCAGCCAAGGUCCGCCGCAGCCGGAGCUGUUGAGCAUGCCGGGCGUGGAGAGCUCGGGCCUGCGUUGUGGGGUGCUGGGGCAGGCGCUGUACGGUGUCUGUGUUCCGAAGGACGUAGAAGAAGGCUGGGACCUCGCGCCGCCUUCCGCGUCGUCGGAUGGGAUGGGGAGGCGCGUCCGUGCUGCUGCCGCGCCGCCUCGCCGUGGUAGCUUCCGUCCGAUGAGAUGUGUACGGCGCUCGAGAUUGUGAUAUUGUGCGUGCGUUUUAGUUUAAAAAUUAAGGUGAGCAACAAAUAUUGAGAACGGAGGGAGUAGUACGUAUUCUCUAUACAAAUCAAUAUAAAUAUGGUGAUCGUAAUGGUCUAUUCCUCU